AUAUCUUCACUUCAUUUUCGAGUGAAUCUCAGUACACGAUAAUUGUCUUCAGAUGCUGCAGAGCGAAAAUUUAAUUUUGUCUCUCGCGCGAUUCAAUAAUGGAUUUCGCCCUCUUAUUUCGAAUAAUGUGCCUUAUUGGUUUCACGCUGCUGUCUUCUGCCGCAACUAAAAAAUCGAAGGAAGAUAAGAGCCAAAUCCCAGAAGAAGAGGAUGACUUGACACGUGAGGAGCAGAACUACUCCAAUCAUUACACGGAUAAUCUCGCAGGAGCUCCAGAGCUCGAUUAUCCGAUUUUCACGUCCAUCCCACGGACGGGAUUUACUUGUGAAGGGAAAGUAAAUUGGCAAUAUUAUGCAGACAUUGAGACCGACUGUCAGGUAUUUCACGUUUGUGAAAGCCAGCAUUCCAAAAUAUCUUUUCUGUGUCCCGAAGGAAGUAUAUUCAAUCAAAGACAUCUGGUGUGUGACUGGUGGUACAACGUGGAUUGUACGGAUUCUUUUGAUCUCUUUCUUCUGAAAGAAAAUUACAACGUUCAAGAUCUCACACUGCAAAAUAUCGCGGACCCUGGGGAUUUCGAUUUGAAUCUGGCAUCGACAGGAGGCAAUAAGGGACCCAAUGGAGACCGUACGGAUGAAGAUGGUGGCAGCAAAUCGAGCAUCAAAACGAAAUCUAAAACCAAACAAAGACGUGAGCAGUAAUGGCUCAUUUCAACAACACCGAAUUUGGUUGUUGAUUUACUAUUGUAUAUAUAAUUCAACAAAAGAUUAUUUUGUGGUCGAAAUUUUUUCUUAUAUAGUUGAUUUGAUU